AUGUCGGGAUUCACGUUCGGCAGUGGCUCUUCCACCCCUAAUACGGGAGCAUCCAAUUCUGGCAUAACUACAUCUACUGGACUCUUCGGCAAUCUGUCAACAUCGAAGCCUCCAGCGUUUGGAAAUACAACUACGACGGGAGCUCCAUCUAUCUUCGGAGGGGGGCAAACGCAGGAUCAAACGCAGGCUCUGGAUCGACAACGCCUUCUCUUUUUGGAGGUAGCGUUGGCAACCCUCCAGCUGGCGACGCCCGCGAGUAGUGGUGGAGCAAGCGGAGGCCUCUUCUCGCAGCCAGCAGGCGGCUCAAGUUCAUUGACUAGUAAUCUCUUUGGUCAGAAUAAUUCUAGUCCUGGGAACACCUCGAACCCAUUUGGUGGAGCAACAACAUCUGCUCCAGCAGGUUCAACCACCCCAGCAGCUUCCAAGCAAUUCGGUGGCUUCAUGAGCUCUACCACUCCAGCUGGUCCACCUCCGUCAAAUAGCCAAGCCCCUUCAUCCAGCGUGUUUGGGGGUGCUAUUGGGCAGUCUUCAUCUUCAUUAUUUGGAGGAGGCUCAAAGCCUACCCAAAACCUUCCAGCCCCAAGUUCAGGACUCUUUGGCUCCAACGGUGGAGCGCCCAAGCCCAGUGGCGGUGGUAUGUUUGCGAACCUCAAUAAUCCAACCUCCAAUAAUCCAGCCAGCUCUGGCCAGCCAAAUCCUUCCACGACCGCAGCUGCAACUCCAACCCCAUCGUUUUCGUUCGGCGGGGCCAGCACUCCUUCAGCGAGCACCCCAAGCACUCAAUCCUCUACAACAGCCCCAGGUACGACUACCUCAAGUCUGUUUGGUAACCCUACUUCUACUCCUGCUACUGGGGGACUGUUCAGUCUUGGUGCGCCCAAAAAUACUGCCCCGAGCACCUCAACAGCUGCCCCUACUGCACCAGCGUCGAGUAGUCUCUUUGGCAAUUUAGGAAACCCUCCUGCAAGCACCAGUUCUACAUCCGCCCCAACGACUACAGCACCAGCUCCAACAGGAGGCCUAUUUGGAGGCGCAAGCCAGUCAGCGACGACAUCCACAGCAUCUACGACAGCUCCUGCUACAGGCGGCUUAUUUGGAUCGGCUGCAGCAUCUACGACAGCUCCUGCUACUGGUGGCUUAUUUGGAUCGGCUGCAGCAUCUACUACAGCUCCUGCUACUGGUGGCUUAUUUGGAUCGGCUGCAGCAUCUACUACAGCUCCUGCUACAGGCGGCUUGGGAGCUGGAGGAUCCGGUGGCCCAGUGAACCCCCCAGGUGCGGGAGCAAGCACGAGUGGACCGCAACAACCCGGUGGAGGACCUGCUCUCGGUGCUUCUACAGCUGGCCCUGCUUCUCAGUUAUCACGUCUCAAGAACAAGACUAUGGAUGAGAUCAUUACACGAUGGGCCUCUGACUUGUCGAAGUAUCAAAAAGACUUCCAAGAUCAAGCAGCCAAAGUUGCCGCUUGGGAUAGAUUACUUGUAGACAACGGAGAUAAAAUCCAGAAGUUAUACCAAAAGACAUUUGAGGCUGAGCGAGAGACUUCAGAGGUUGAACGCCAACUUUCUAACGUAGAGAGCCAGCAAGAUGAGCUAGCUUCAUGGCUGGACAAAUACGAGUCAGAGGUUGAUGAGAUGUUCGCGAGACAAGUAGGUCCAGGCGAUGCUCUACAAGGACCCGAUCAAGAGCGAGAACGCACCUACAAGCUUGCGGAGAAGUUGACGGAUCGUUUGGAGGAUAUGGGCAAGAAUCUUACAAGUAUGAUUGAGGCUAUUAAUGAAGCUUCUUCAUCUUUGAGCAAGAGUAAUAAAGCUGAUGAUCCGUUGUCACAUAUUGUGAGAGUCCUAAACGACCACCUGACCCAAUUGCAAUGGAUUGAUCAGAAUGCUACACUACUCCAAGCAAAGGUCGCAGAGGCUCAGAAGCUGGGUCAGAGUGUUGGGUCGAAUGGAUAUGGUGGGCUAGAGAAUGAUGCUGCGGAGUCUUUCUACCGGUCGUACGCAAGGAGAUGA